AUGUUUUUAGACAAGAAGUGGUUAAAUCUACAAUGGCAUGAAACUAAUACAAAUACGAAAGAUGAAGAUAUUGAAACAAAACCAAUAAAAAAGCCAAAUGAAUUGGAAAAUGAAAUGGAAGAUCCAUUCAGUGAAAUCGAUCAAGUAUUAUUAGAUCGUAUUCAAGGUUCCAUUAUAGGAAUGGCAUUAGGUGAUGCUCUUGGAGCACAUGUAGAAUUUCGACCUUAUUCAUAUAUGAAAAAUAAUCCAGUUCAAGAUCUCGAAGGUGGAGGCACAUGGGGUCUUCAAAAAGGACAGUUCACUGAUGAUACUUCGAUGGCUCUUUGCUUAGCUAAUUCAUUAUUGGCUCGUCGUGAUUUUAUUCCCUAUGAUCAAUUAGUUCGUUAUAAAUGGUGGUAUAGAUUUGGAUAUAUGUCAUCAACUGGACAAUGUUUUGACAUAGGUGCAGCUACAAGUCAAUCAUUACGUGAAUUUGAACGUCGUCAAAAAAUAUUUUCAAAAGAAAAAUGUCUUCCACUUAAUAAAAUGGAUCAACUUUCAGAUGAGAAAUUUCUUGAAGAAUUUGAUACAUAUUGUAGCGAAGAAGAUGUUGCUGGUAACGGAGCUUUAAUGCGUUUAGCUCCAGUACCUCUCUUCUUCUAUCGAAAUAAAUAUGCUGCAAUUGAAUUUUCUGGUCGAAGCGGACAGAUCACUCAUGGGGAUAAAAAGGCUUAUGAUGCUUGUCGAUUUUAUGGUGCAUUAAUUAUUGCUGCUCUUCGUGGUUUUAAAAAAGAACAAAUAUUGGCUAAAAACUUUUAUUCUGCACAUAGACAUUGGUUCGGUGAAGAACCAUUACAUAAAGAAAUACAAGAAAUUGCUGAAGGAUCAUUCAAAAAGAAGGGUGGCUAUAAGAAAGGUAUUAGAGGAAAAGGUUAUAUUGUUAAGGCUCUUGAAGCUGCUUUAUGGGCUUUUUGGUCUGAUAAGAACUCAUUUGAAAAAGGUGCUCUGGCUGCUGUUAAUCUUGGUGAUGAUACGGAUACAACAGCUGCCAUCUAUGGUCAGCUAGCUGGUGCUUAUUACGGAUAUAAAAACUUGCCAAAACAUUGGCUUGAGCACGUCUAUGCUCACAAAUUUCUGAAAACAUUAGGUAAAUGGAUUGCAUAUGAAGGAGAACAAUGGGAAUCGAAAAUGCGACAUUCUUUUACUAAUAAAUAA